CCGAUAACCAGCGCCGCCGUCGGAAGAGGAGUUUUCUUUGCAAAAAAAGGCUUUUUUGGGGAGCGGGGAAUAUAGAGACACGCGUUUUUUGCCGCUAUAUCUUUAACCUCGGAGGAGCCGGGGAGAAGAAAGGCGACGUCGAAGCCCCAAAACCGGGCAUUACACCCCAAAAAGUCAUCAAACCUCAACCGGGAGCCUCGAUCUCGCCGCGCGCUCGUUAGGCUGCGUUUAAUUAAGCCUUUCAGGAUGGCCGGGGAGACGCGGCAGCGCCCGGCGUGAGGCACCGACCGCCGCCGUCGAGGGAAACCAUGCGUCAGCAGCGCGGCGAAGCCGGACGUCGCCGGGUUUCGCUCGCCGGCAGCACGACGGCGGCGCCCGAGGCCCUCCCGACGCGACGGCAAUGAACGUCCCCCUGGCGCGGUUCGGCUCCGUCGCCGGAUCAUGAGCUCCCACCGUCCCCCGCGGCACGACGGCGCCGACGCCGAGGCUUGCCCGCCGGUUUUUUGGCCGCAAAAUGGCAGCGUGGUGGCGACGGCGGCGGCGGGGGGAGAAACCCCUCGCCCGGUUCCCGUCACGCCCGCCGUGCCUAAAAUGGGGGUGCGCGCCCGGAUCGCCGACUGGCCCCCCAAAAGAGACGCCGCCAAGGAUCCCCUGGUUGGCACCAGCCCGUGCCGGGAGGCGGCGAACAACCGGGACGCCGCUUGCUGCCGGGGUUUUACCGGCGGUCAGCAACCCCUCGCCGGAGUUUCGGGUUUUAAAGCCCUUCACCGCUUGGCGCGGCGACGAUCCAAAGACGUGGAAUUUCAGGAGGGUUGGCCCCGUUCCCCGGCGAGGGGGUUGGCGCCGCUGCGACACCGGAGCAGCAGCGAGGUGACGUUAAGCGAAUGCGAUCCGGAAGAGCCGGCGGAACCGCGGGGGACCAAACUUGGGGGAAACGCCGGGCUCUUCCGCGAGUACGGCAGCACCUCCUCCAUCGACGUGCAGGGCAUCUCGGAGCAAAGCUUUUUCGAUAUGCUCAAUGAAUUUCGGACCAAGAAGCCCGAUCGACGAGCCGCGACGCCCGAACGGCUCGGGGAAGCCGGAUUUCCUCCGGGAUCGUAUCCCGGGAUCAAAACUGAGGGUAGAAACGGAUCCCGGGAGGAGCCGUCGGCUCAAUCCAAGGAGAAACCCCGCAGGAGGUGUCCCAAAGGCGACGCCGGCGGCGAAUCCAUCUUCAAGAAGCUUCGGAGCGGCCGAACCGAGGGGGAGCCGGAGGAACCGCGGACGCCGGAGCCGGGGAAAGCCUGGGUGUGUCAGAAAAGCUUCGCCCACUACGACGUGCAGAGCAUGCUCUUCGACCUCAACGCCGUGGCCGUCAACCGAGCCGUGGUCGCCCAACGCCGAAACACCACCACGGGAGCCUCGGCGGCUUCGGCCGCCACCGUUCGGGCCGGAGCUUUGGGAGGAGCGGAUCCGGCGUUCGCCAGCACCGAGGAUCUCAACUCUAAGGAGAAUUUAGAGCACGACGUGGGGGAUAACACCAGCAACGAGCUCCUCCUCAGCUGCCCCCACUUCCGUAACGAGAUCGGCGGCGGCGGCGAGCGUAACGUCAGCUUUUCCAAAGCUUCCGGGGGAUCCCCGGCGAUCCCGACGGCCGAGGGGGGUUUCCCAGAGCCCCCCCUCCACCUACGGCCCACCAACGCCGGCGUCUCGGUGCUGGAGAUCCCCAAGGAGCUGCAGAGAAACCCCAACCGCCUCAAACACUACAGCGUCGAGCACGUGGACCUCGGCGCUCGCUACUACCGCGAUCAUUUCCACGGCAAAGAGCAUUCAAACUACUUUGGAGUGGACGAAAAGCUGGGCCCGGUGGCCGUCAGCAUCAAACGGGAAAAGCUGGAGGAUCACAAGGACCACGGCCCCCAGUACCAGUAUAGGAUCAUCUUCCGAACCAGCGAGCUCCUCACCCUGCGCGGUUCCAUCCUGGAAGACGCCACCCCCACCGCCACCAAACACGGGACGGUGCGGGGUCUCCCCCUGAAAGACGCUCUGGAAUACGUCGUUCCCGAGCUCAACAUCCACUGCCUCCGCUUGGCCCUCAGCACCCCCAAAGUCACCGAGCAGCUCCUCAAGCUGGACGAACAAGGGCUCUGCCGGCGGCACAAGGUGGGAAUUCUCUACUGCAAAGCCGGGCAGAGCUCGGAGGAGGAGAUGUACAACAACGAAGCCGCCGGACCCGCCUUUGAGGAAUUCCUCUCCCUCCUGGGCGAGAAGGUUUGCCUGAAAGCCUUCAGCAAAUACGCGGCCCAGCUGGACACCAAGACCGACUCCACGGGCACCCACUCGCUCUACACCACGUACCAGGACUACGAAAUCAUGUUCCACGUCUCCACCAUGCUUCCCUACACCCCCAACAACCGGCAGCAGCUGCUGAGGAAGAGGCACAUAGGGAACGACAUCGUCACCAUCAUCUUCCAAGAACCCGGAGCUUUACCCUUCACCCCCCAAAACGUCCGUUCCCAUUUCCAACACGUUUUCAUCAUCGUCCGAGCCCACAAUCCCUGCACCGACAACGUCUGCUAUAGCGUGGCCGUCACGAGGUCCAAAGACGUCCCACCCUUCGGUCCCCCCAUCCCCAGCGGCGUCACCUUCCGCAAAUCCGACGUCUUCCGAGAUUUCUUGCUGGCCAAGGCCAUCAACGCGGAGAACGCCGCUCACAAAUCCGAUAAAUUCCACACCAUGGCCACGCGAACCCGGCAGGAAUACCUGAAGGAUCUGGCCGAAAACUGCGUCACCAACACCCCCAUCGAUUCCGCCGGGAAGUUUAACCUCAUCUCUUUGGCUUCCAAGAAGAAGGAAAAGACGAAAGCCCGAGCCGGGGCGGAACAACACAGCGCCGGAGCCAUCGCCUGGCGAGUUUCCGCUCAGGAUUUCGCCCGGGGAGCCGAGAUCGCGUGCGCUUUGGGUAUCUCCAACGAAUUCGUCGUCCUCCUCGACCUCGGCGCCAAGGAAGUGGUUUUUAACUGUUUUUGCGGCGACGUCAUCGGUUGGACCGCCGAUUCUUCCACCGUCAAGAUAUUCUACGGGCGAGGGGAUCACGUUUUCAUCCGGGCGGCCGAGGGGGGCCCCGAGGAUAUCAAGGAGAUCGUGCAGAGGUUGAAGGUGAUGACGGACGGCUGCGAGACGGUGGACAUGACCUUGAGGAGAAACGGUUUGGGUCAGUUGGGUUUCCACGUCAAAUACGACGGCACGGUGGCCGAGGUGGAGGAUUACGGCUUCGCUUGGCAAGCGGGUUUACGGCAGGGCAGCCGGCUGGUGGAGAUCUGCAAGGUGGCGGUGGUGACGCUGAGCCACGACCAGAUGAUCGACCUCCUCCGUACCUCCGUCACGGUCAAGGUCGUCAUCAUCCCGCCCCACGAGGACGGAGCCCCUCGCAGGGGAUGGGCCGAAUCCUUGGAGAUCAACGCCGUCGACGCGAAAGAACCGGAGACUUUCCAGUGCGGUUAUCGCCCGCCGUACCGGAGCAACGCCGGCUGGCAGUGGAGCGGACCGGCAUCGCAUAACGCCCCCCCGCCGACGAAACGCGCCGAACAACCGUCUCUCGGUCACGGGCAAACGGUCGUACGGGGCGGGAAACAACCCGCCGUGCCGUACCGCGAACCGCAACCGCCGCACGGCAAGAGGCCCGUUAGCUUUCCCGAAACCCCUCAUCCCGCCUCCUCUUCCUCGCCGGCGGCGGGAGCGGAGAGGGCGCAGCCGUACCGGCAGCCGUCGGGGAGCUUCUCCGCGCCGGGUAGCGCCGGGACGGCGUACGCUCGCUAUAAACCCUCUCCGGAGAGGUACGUGGCACCGCCGCGGCCGCCGUUGCCCUUCGAGCCGCCUGACGGCGACUCCUCAUCGGGGGGACUCAGUAGCCACGAGAGCACCAUGGAACGGCACAAAACGGAACCCUUGUGGCACGUACCGGCGCAGUCCAGGUUACCGGGGAGCGGCGGCAAACGAUGCGGCAGGCAGGAACCCACGGGCAAAGAUUCUCCCAACCGACACUCCAAGGGCGACACACAAUACUCGAGCCACUCCAGCAGCAACACGCUCUCCAGCAACGCCUCCAGCAACCACAGCGACGAGCGGUGGUUCGACGUCCCCGAACCCGCCGAAACCGAAGCGGAUCCUUUUUCCAAAGGCGCUUCCAGCGACAGCGGGAUCGAAACCUCCCUUUACGUCGCACCCAAACCCCCCCGACCCCUCCCCCAAAGGGACAAACUCCCCCAAACCCCCUCCUACGUCGCUUUGCGGGACGACGUCGGCGAUAAAAUGAGGGAUCCUUCGCCGACCGGCAGCCAGGGGAAAGGCUACCGCCAUAAACCGGGGACCCCCGCGUCUUCGGGGAUCCCCGGCGGUAGCCCGGACCCCUUCAAGCAGCCCAGCUCCGCUUCGCGCUCGGGCUCAGCCGGCUACAAACCCCCCUCGAGCGAAGCCCCCCGAUCCCCCCGUUUUUCAUCCCAACUUUCCGCUUCCGUCCCCAAAUCCUUCUUCUCCAAGCAAACGGUCAGGAACAAACACCCCAGCGGCUGGAAACGCCCCGAGGAACCCCCAGACCCCAAAAAGCAGGUGGACGCCACCACCAAGAACGUUUUCGGGCAGCCGCGGUUACGGGCGUCGUUACGGGAUUUACGUUCCCCCCGUAAAAGUUAUAAAUCCACCAUCGAAGACGAUCUGAAAAAACUCAUUAUUAUGGAUAACGCCGCGACGGAGCCGGAGAGAGACGCGUCCCCCCAAAAAGGGCUCCAGAGGACGCUGUCGGACGAAAGCCUGUGUGGCGGGCGCCGGGACGCCGCUUACGCCGUCGGAGCGACGCCCCUCGACGCCGCCGACGGCCUUUUCGGCGGCGUUUAUCCCUCCAGCACCCUGCCGAGCCGCCGGCAGCACCCCGCCGCCAACGGCAGCCUCCCCGAGAAGAAAUCCGUUAUCUCCGCCUCGGAGCUGGCACUGGAUAAACCCCCCCUGCGCCGGAUCGAGCCCGGGAUGAUGCCGUUACCGGACACGGCAUCCGGCUUGGAAUGGGCCAGCCUGGUGAACGCCGCCAAAGCCUACGAAGUGCAAAGAGCCGUCUCCCUCUUCUCCCUCACUGACUCGGCGCUGAGCCCCGACCCCCCCGCGCCCCCCGAGAGGCAGCCGGCGCCGCGGGGGGCUCCCCCCCUCAGCCUGUCCCCCCCUCUGGACCUGCCGGGGAAGGUGUCGCAGCUGGAGGCCAUGCUGAAGCAGCUCCACAGCGACCUGCAGAAGGAGAAGCAGGACAAGGUGGUGCUGCAGGCGGAGGUGGCCAACCUGCGGCAGAACAACCGGCGCCUGCAGGAGGAGUCGCACUCGGCCGCGCGGCAGCUCCGCCGCUUCGCCCGCAUCUUCUCCGCCGCCGCCGACAAGGACGAGCUGUGAGCGAGGGGGGGCUGCCGGACCCCCUCCCCCCCCGCCUGGGGCUGCCGGAUCCCCCCCCAGGGCUGCCGGAUCCCACCCCCGGGGCUGCCGGAUCCCCCCCCGGGGCCGCCUGAUCCCACCCCCGGGGCUGCCGGAUCCCACCCCCGGGGCUGCCGGAUCCCCCCCCGGGGCCGCCUGAUCCCAUCCCCGGGGCUGCCGGAUCCGCCCCCCCCCCCCCGGGCUGCCGGAUCC